AUGGCCAGGGGAAGACAAAAGGAACAAGCUAGAGAAAAGGCUCAGAAACAAGCCGAAAAUAAAAACGGAGGUAAAUCUCAAUUAGGUGCUCGUGCUGCGGGUUUGCAAUUAAAAUGUCCCGUUUGUAAGACCCCUACCGCUAAUUACAAAGUCAUCGUCCAACACAUGGAGGCAAAACAUCCUAAAGAACCCAUACCUCCCGAAUCAGCUUUCCAAUGA